AGAGAGAGAGAGAGAGAGAGAGAGCGCGUUUGCGGUUGACUGUAGUCUGCAGACUGGACUCACCAUGUACGUCUGAAUUCUUUCGUGUCGGGCAUGGGACGUUCUUACGUGUAACUAAACGCCGUUAUUACUACUUCGGACUGUUUUUUUUUUAAAUUACGAUAAUUUUUUUUCAUUAUUACCCCCCCCCCCCCCCCCCCCCCCUCCAGCCUUCGAAACGGAUUUACAAAGCCUCUCUUCUGAGCCUGCAAUGAGAUUCAACACUUUGGACAGACUAGUCGUCCAUUGACGGCUGCGAAGUUGCCACGUGGCAAGGAGAAGGAGGAGGAGGAGGCGGAGGGCUGGCGAGUGGCAAGGAUGGAUAUCCAACCUCCCCCAAGAGCCCCCCCACGGGGAUGUCGGCGUAGGACGCAAGGCCUCACGGGCCGUUGACCUGCUGUCUUGGUGAUUGAUGGCGGCUCCGGGAGGCGGGGAGGCUCCGGGCCACUGCAGACUCCUCGCUCUCUCCACCGUUUCCCUUCACUCGUACGCUUGCAGCGCCAUCCGCAGGAGCCCUGAGAACUGACGCUUUGGGGGGCGAACGCCGCUCAAUCGAUGGAAGCGCGCCGAGUAACGAAGUGAUGUUCCUGCGCCGGCGUGCUCAUUCCGCACUCUGCUCCGCCUCCACGUAGCGGGACGUUCCCGGCGAAAGGCGAUCGCCCCUUAACUCAUCCACUCCCAAAGACGUUUUUAAACGUCUUUUCAGACUUGGUCCAUAAUUGGCCGGUACUGAAUGAGUUAAAGGUGUAACGUGCGAGUGAGAGCCCCCCGAGGUGCCCCCGCCAUGGUGUUGCCGCCUCCCGACAAACGCCACGUGUGCUUGACCACCAUCGUCAUCAUGACCAGCAUGGCCCUGAUGGACGCCUACCUGGUGGAGCAGAACCAGGGUCCCAGGAAGAUCGGCGUGUGCAUCAUCGUGCUGGUGGGGGACGUGUGUUUCCUCAUCGUGCUGCGCUACGUGGCGGUGUGGGUCGGGGCCGAGGUGCGCACGGCUCGGCGGGGCUACGCCAUGAUCCUCUGGUUCCUGUACAUCUUCGUGCUGGAGAUCAAGCUCUACUUUGUUUUCCAGAAUUGCAAGGCCGACAGGAAGAGUCUGGAGACGGUGGCGCGGAAAGCGUUGACGUUACUUUUGUCGGUGUGCGUGCCGGGUUUGUACUUGGUUCUGGUGGCGCUGGACAGCAUGGAAUACGUGAGGACUUUCCGUAGGAAGGAGGACAUGCGAAGCCGUUUGUUCUGGGUGGCGCUGGACUUACUGGAUCUCCUGGACAUCCAAGCCAAUCUGUGGGAGCCCCAACGCACGGGUCUCCCCAUCUGGGCCGAGGGCUUGAUGUUCUUCUACUGCUACAUUUUGCUCCUCAUCCUGCCCUGCGUGUCGCUCAGCGAGAUCAGCAUGCAGGGCGAGCACGUGACCCCCCAGAAGAUGAUGCUCUACCCGGUCCUAAGCCUGGUCACCAUCAACGUGGUCACCAUCCUGAUCCGAGGCGUCAACAUGGUGCUGUUUCAGGACAGCCGCGUGUCCACCAUCUUUGUGGGCAAGAACGUGGUGGCCAUCGCCACCAAGGCGUCCACCUUCCUGGAGUACCGCAGGCAGGUCAAGGAGUUCCCGCAUCCGCAGAACGCCAUGGCCAUGGAACUGCAGCAGAACUCGGUGGGCCACGCGCAGACGCUGCCCAACGCCACCGCUUUGCCGCACGAACCCACGCCGCCGCAGGACGCCAUUGACACAUGACCGCCGGCGUCUCGCAUCAAAUGGCGUCGCGGAAUUUAACGUGAAAUCGGACAACGCCACUUUGGUAACUUCGAAUGAGUUUUUCCCAGUUCGUCAACAACAAAAAAAAUUGAUAUACGGAAGAAAUCAUCUUGGAAGAAAUGACACUCCGAAGCCGGGGUACCACUGUAUUGUGUUUAAAAGUUCAGACUGUGCUGAGAGACUCCAAACACAGCAGCCGGGGAAAUUGAUGUCGUGUAAAAAUUGGUCCUCUCUCUGUAAGUGUCUUUUUUUUUUCUUUUCUUUAAAGGUCACCAGUACCAGCACCAAACGAGGGAACGUUUAGCUUCCCCGUUUGCCUCCAAAAGAGGAGCAGAUGGUGACAAAUGGCCACGGCGAGCAGGCGGCCUGCGCUUCGGCCACGUGCGCUUGUGUUGUGUAACUCGGCAGAAGCCGACGCCUCGGGCGAUUUGGAACUAUGGGUCGGAGUAAAACAAGCACCGGACCGUCGACUGCGCACGCAAACACACAGAGCGCAUCGCCCCCGUGAGCGCGAAAGAGCAUGCACGCUAUUCGGUAUAACGUAUGCCUGCGAGUGCGCGCAAAAGGUGUGCUUGUUUACCACCGGGGUGGUGAUUUGUUUAUGACGGAUCAUUUUGUAAUACAAGUGUGUCUGUUGGUGUGUGAAGUUCAAAUGGGAUUAAACUAUUUGUUGAUGUCAGGUUAAAAAAAAAAGGGAAAAAAAGGGAGUUGGUGAUUUUUUUUUCUCAACUGUACAUUCCUCUAAACGUCUCAAAACCUUGAAAUGAAAGAAUAAAUUAUCAGAGUGACAAAUGAAAAAAAAAAGCAACUUAAACAAGGCGAACAGACUUUUAUUUUGUUCAUUAUGAUUUGUUUUGUUCUUAAUAUCGUUGUUAUGAUUAUGCUGUAUAUCAUUUACGAGCGAGAGGCCGAUGAUGUUUUAAUAAAAGAACAUUGCCGAUAA